AGUCGUGUUCUCGGCGUUAAAAGAGACGCUCGCGCGGCAAAACUUCGCACCGGCCGGCUCCCGAAUAAUGUUUCAGUGUUUGACAAACUCAAUCGGAGGUCUUGGAAGAAGCGUAUUUAAUAAUUUACACUGUAUAUCCGACCGCAUAUUCUCAGUGAAUGUUACGCAGUGUGUACGGAAAAAACUUUAUCGAAGAUUCUGAAGAAUCUUGUGUUAAAUUGUGUAAUUCGUCGGCUUCGGUCGGAUUGCGUUUUGCACAAACUUUUUGACGGUGUGCGUAUUACCCAUCGCGCGCAUCGUCCGUGAUAAGGGGGCCUGUGAUAUCGACGAGUUCGUCUUAGCUUUAAAGCUAGUUAGUCUUUAGGUUUAAAUUAAAUUAAUGAUGUCACCUGACUUCAAUGAGGAAUCACUAUCUUAUGAGUUGUGGGACCCAAUGGAACAAGAACAUUGGGAGGUGUCACAAACAUCUGAGUUCUGGACUCAGAUAAAUGAAGAAGCGGGAGCAUUCGAACUCGCACCGCCAGAGAACUUUUUGGCUUCAGUGCCAGAGACAGAAGAAGAUUGGCGAAUAAUGGAGGAAAUAGACGAGCUACACCCGCCCGUUGAGGAUAUAGUACACCAUGAUUGCAUGUGGGCAGGCGAUAUAUUAUAUCCUUCGAAUACAUUCGUACAAAAUGACUACAGCGCGGUUCCGACAAUACCGGGACAGAGUUUGCUUCGUCGGGAUAAUAAUAUGUCGCCUCCGCGACCGGAAACUCCGUCAUCACUGGACGGCGACGAACCACCGCAGUUCCGUCACGCAGUAGACGUGGCUGGUACAGCUCUCCGUCUCCUGAGAGACUCCGCCGCAGUGGCAGCCGAUCACUCUUACACAUUGGCCCGUCAGCAAUUCGACAAUCUCGGCGUUCAGACACCAUCAGAUUCAUGUGAAUCAGAGGAAGAAAUCGAUGUAGUAUCAGUUGGAACAUCGCAGCAAAUGUUCGCAAGCCCGCACGUACGCACAGAUGCAUUGCCACGGGUGCCAUCUGCUCAGGAGCGCCAACAUAUUCAGCGUACUGUAGCUUCGGCCAUAGAUCCUUGUUCACCGCAGCCUGUGGCCAGAAAACGUCUCACUCCGCCUACUAAUGUUAGUUCUUCUGGACACCGUCGCCGCGCUCGGGGUCCAGGUCGCCGUGGACGCCGGUCCAACACUGACACGGAAUCGGAAGGCGAGGCUCCAGAUAUCGAGCGACGCUCUAUCCAUAAUGACAUGGAGCGCCUUCGCCGUAUUGGUUUGAAAAACUUGUUUGAUGAGCUCAAAAAACAGAUCCCAGCCACCAGAGACAAAGAACGAGCUCCCAAAGUCGUGAUCCUCCGAGAGGCGGCCGCUUUGUGUCGCAAAAUGCGUGAUGAGGAUUCGCAGAGAGAGGUUCUUAAAAAACAACAAGCCAAGUUGAUCACUAAAUUGAAAAAGCUUCGAACGAUGUUAUCCACACGCUACCGUUCGUAUUGAGCGCUAGACGAAAAGUUCAGUUGGUAAUUGUUAAGUUCCUGCAAAGGAAUGAUUGGAGUUUACACGUGACACUCGAGCAUUGUUUAGAUAUAUUGUCGCUUAUGAACGUACUAAUGAUCGUUCAAAUUUUCAUAUUGUGGUCUCGUACCUUUGCUCUUUUACCUCCAGGACCGUAUUCAUACGCACUGAACUAUCGAGGGUGGAAUCCUAAAUAUUGUUGAAAUUAUUAAAUUUUAUUGAAAAUACAGCUUUUCCGGUUUACUCUGCUUCUGCGGAAAGUACAGUAAUAAAUAUAGUCGAGACGCAUUCUGCUAGUUAGUUUUGCUCAAACGAUAUUUUGCAGUGCCAAAGUGAGCCAUAAAGCUGUUGUUACAUACCUCCUAGUUCGUCAGUAAAGUAUCUUAAUAUUUACAGACUGCAACGUGAAUAACACUAGACUGGUUAUAUCUUUGAAAUGUUUUAUCACUAAAGUUUACAGAGUUCACAUGGUUACAAAGCAAAUUUACUCCAUGUUAAUUAAUAUGAAAGUAAUAAUUGUGACUUCUAUUGUUUGAAUAUGAAUAUUGAAAGUUUUAUACCUGGUCAUUAUUAUUCUCGAGAUGUAAUUCGUCACGUUUUAGUUUAAGAAUUAACAUGCACGUUCAACCGCGCGUUUUGUCGGGGAGUAUUCGAUGCUGAGUCGGAGAUGGAACAUAUUAGAUUUUUUUUUCAAAACAACUGAUACGAAUGGAGCAGAAUGAAAUGGUUUAAUUCAUAACGCAGCCGUUCUUGAAUAAAUAUGAAAUAAAUGUCAUUAAAACGAACAGUACUCUUUUGGUACUCUAUUCCGUCUUUUUUUAAUCAACCUAUAUAUUUUUGCUCGAUUUCUAAUUUAAUUUACAUUUCAAUAUUUUCAUUUCUUGUGACUCAUUCGUAUGGUUUUUUUGUGAAAUAAACUAGGAAUAGUAUAGUCGGUGAAUCGAGGGUUACCAAAAUAUGCGAUUGAAACGUGAAAUGUAUGAUUGGAUAAGGACUUGAGUUUGUCGGUGUAUUUAGUGGAUACAAAUUGGAUAGAUGUGAGCAGACGGGAAAACGUCGGCAGAGGUGGAUGCCGGCAGCGGUGGGAAGUUAGGACGAUGUCAGGCCAUUUAAUAUGUUUCGGCCCGAUCCCUAGAAUAUUUUCGUCCCGUAUGUCUCUUCGGAUAGAGUUGGGAUGUUGAUAUUAAAAUUAAAACUUAUAGUUUAGGUUAGAUCGCUUACGGUUUUUUUGUAGUGUUUUGUUACUUGUAUGUAGUUAAUAUACUUUUUUAAUGUUUUUUACGUUUUAGUCACGCGAUUAACAGCGAAACUAUAUUUUAAUAUUAACGUGGAAUUGUUACUAUUGGACCAUUUUUGAUGCGAUAAAAUUACAUAUAAUUAAUAUUGCACCAACUGUUUUUUAUGUAUGAAAUAUAUCAUUUGAUUAAUGUCACUGCUAAUCGUGUAUAAAUGUAGAACCCGUCGCACUUCGAGCCGUAGCUCACUAUGCGUCUGUGCCGAUAUCUCGGUUACCCUGGUCGACGACGUGCGCUCGCGUGCGACCUAUGUGCGCUCGUCUCAUUGGUCAAUAAAACAAUGACCGACCAAUGAAAGCGAGUCACAGUAGUCAUCCGCAUCCCGCACGCGGAUGUUAUCGACCGGUGUAAAUGAGCUAUUAUUGCAGUCGCUCGGUGUGUGAAAGGUCUGAUUGCGAUCGCGUCCAUUCAUUCAUUAAAGAAAAGCAAUCAGCACGUAAAUAAUACUUGAUAAUUAUUAUUAUUGGCACUUCCACAAUAGUGCGCUUAAUACAUCCAAUAACUUAAUUCAUUCUAAUUUACGUUGCAUAGUGUUUAUUGUUAAAUUUGAAAUACAUUCGCCUUAUAAAAUAUGCACGCAAUUAACGAAGUGAUUACUUGUUUGAACCACACGAUAUUAUAAUAAAUAAAAAAUAUUGUCCAAUUGACUUACCUACAGUGAAUACAAAUUCAAUCUCAGCGAAUAGACUGUGUAUUUUGAUAAUAACAUCAGAAUCUAUGAUUUCAUGUUAAGUCCAAAUGGAUUUUAUUGAUAAAUAUAACCAAGAUAUAGUUCCUCAUAGUACCUACUAAUAGUAAAUUGUGCAUUUUCUUUAUGAUAUUUUUAUGGCAGUAAGUUUAAGAAUUGUACUCAUAUAGCUAAUGAGUAAACGAGAAAUUAAGGAACCUGCUCAGAAAGAUAAAAGAAUCGAUUUUUUUUUCUUUCAGUGAUCAUUUCAUUUGAUGGAGAAAGCUUUUUUAUAGAUUUUUUUAUUUAGCUGUUCAGGUUUUAAAUAGAGGUUGAUGUUUUAUCAAGCACAUGGUCAACGAUAUUGUACGUUCGAAGGCUUUAAUUGUGUGCGGAAUGUGCCUUGCUAUGUACAUAUACAUACAUACAUUAUAUAUCUAAAUAUAUAAUAGGUUUAUACUCGAAUUAGUUGCAAGAAAUAUUUUUCUGUGAGAUAUUACAUUACUGUAGGUAUAAAUAAGUUAGGGUUGUUCUAAGUACUGUUUACACGAAGUCUAUAGUGAUCGAGUUAAAGGUUCGCAGUUUAUUCUUCCACUAGACGUAAAUUGUAUAUAAUAUACUAGGGUAUAUAGUCGUAGAUAAAAAUUCAUUUUUGUAAACGAGUUUUUUUUUCUAGUACUUGUUUAGUUUUUUUUUUCUAACUAGAGUUACGAGUUCUCGAAUGUUGUACCUGCAUUUAAUAUUUUUUUUUAUUAAUCUUAGCUUGACAUAAAUAAUAAAGAUAAUAAUGAUUUAGUUAUCCGAAAGUUAAAUUGUCUAUCGGUGAUAUUAUGACCUUGCAUGUGAGAAGUUAGAUUACAUUUUUAGGAAAAAAAAAGUCAAUAGUUAAAGAUUUAUUAUUAAGCGACGCAAGCUUUAUCGAUAGUUAGACAGAUCAUGGUAAAAAAUGGUAUCGUCGGAAUAUUAAAAAAUCAAUGCACUAUUGUGACAAGGCACAUUUCCACCACUGCCAAAAAUAGGAGCGUGAGAUGAAAAAAAACUUUUUUUUUACUAAGCGUUUGAUUUGUAAAAUUUAUAAUUAAGGUUGGUAUACAUAUAAGUCAUGUUAUAGCUGUUAAUUUUUAUUACAUUUCCUAUGGGUAGCCAUUACUAAGGAGCAACACCUGACAGCCGUCGGUCCUCGGACGAUUGGGACCAUUCGAAAUUGUUGGCUAUUUGAUUAUAAAGUUCGUUUGGUUUUGGAAGAGUAUAUGUAUUGGGUGGCCGACGGCUGUUUUCCAGCGCCGUUACAGAGAGUGCAAGGCGCAACGAAUUCCGCCUAAUCUAAAUGUUGCACUUUGCAAUCUUUGAAGCGACGCUUUUGUAGCAGUGGAAUGUGUAUUGUGUACCUACUGUACUUAUAAUUUAACUGUUUAAUUUUUGUCUGAUAACUAUAAUUGUAUGGAGAGAAAAACAUUUUGUUUUUGGGAUUUUGUUCCUUAAUAAUUAUCUGUACCGAAAGUUAAGAUAAUCAAUAAAAUAUGGUAAUAAAUGAAAAGACCGCACCGAAAUAGGGUUAGGAAACGUUUGGCUUUGGAUUUUUUUUAUAUAUAGAAAUAAUGUUUCGAUGUAAUUUGAAGUGUUGACUCGUGUAUUGUUAGACUGAUUUAUUGUACCUACCGAGAGUGGUAUUGUACUAGCGUGUAAUGUUUUGUUUAACCCUGUUAGGUGUGGUCG